AUGGCGCUGUCUCUCAUGAAUAAGGACAAGUUUCCUCAGGUGGUGAAGGUCUCCAUGGAGAGCUCACCUUACUUCCAGCUGGUGAGCUCCAACAACGCGUACCGUGUCGUGCUGCCGGGCGCCUCUGUCCCUGUGCGCGUCCGCUUCACCCCUGACGAGAGCAAGGAUUAUUCCCACGAGUUCGUCUGCGUCACUGCAAGGGAAAGGAUCGUUGUGCCAAUUGUGGCCAUUGGUGCCCGAGCUGUGCUGGACUUCCCUGCCCAGCUGGACUUCUCCAAGUGUCCAGUCAAGCACAGCACCCAGCAGACUCUGCUGGUGCGCAAUGUCGGUAACCUGAAAACUCGGUACCAGCUGAGCACCCAGAGUCCUUUCUCCGUGGUGCCGGCCACAGGAACUCUGGGCGCUGGUGAAACCCUGCAGGUGACAGUGACAUUUCACCCGCUGACCAAGGGUGACCACUGCAGCCUCCUGAGCUGCAGCACAGCAAAGACUCUCCUUUGCUUUGUUCCAGGUGAAGAAAGAAUCCACACAAAGCUCUAUGGAGAAGCUGUAGAUGUCAACGUUGGGCUGAGCACAAAUAUCGUGCACGUUGACACCACCUACAUCACCACAUCUACCCACAGAACCGUGUUCAUUGAAAACAGGAGUAACAUCACAGCCCACUUCCAGUGGAAGGCUUUUCCUACUGAGGAACGUGAGAAUGAAGUGAAGAGGAGGCGGCGCAGUUUGCUGCACUCACCGAGCCAGGUGAGGCUGGAAAAACUCACAGAGGAGAAAAAAUCAGAGGAGGAGAAAGAUGAAGAUGGCGCUGCUCUCCUGACCAGCAUGGCCCAGGAGAAGAUGGCAGAGGUGCAAGAAGACUCCAUGAUGUUCUCCGAUGACAUUUUUUUCAUUGAGCCAAUGGAGGGAGAAAUCGGGCCGAAUUGUUCGGCCGGAAUCAGAGUGACCUUUAAACCCCUGGACGUACUGGGGUACCAAAGUAUGGCUUACCUCAGCAUCUCAGGCCGUGAGAGCAGGCUGCCUCUGCGCCUCAGAGGGGAAGGCCAAGGACCCUUGGUCGAGUUCAGCUCUCAUACACUGAACAUUGGGAAUGUUUUUGUCAACUCUUCCCACAUCCAUGAGGUGGAACUGAUUAACAAAGGAGCUCUUGAUGCUCCCUUCAUCUAUAUCCCUUCAACCACCAACGUGGGCUCCUGCUUCAAGUUUGAGCCCGAGGAGGGGAUCAUUGCAGCAGGUGGGAACCAGACUAUUCAGAUCGCCUUCAGUGCCACCGUGCUGGGGAGCUUUGAGGAGGAGUUCCAGUUCAGUGUGGCUGGAUCUCCUAUGCCUGCCAUCCUGACCAUCAAGGGCAGCGUCACCGUGCCAAGCUUAGAGUUCGAUGUCGAUGAGAUCAACUACGGCGAGAUCUCCUUUGGCUUUCCCCACACGCAGCGCUGCCGCCUCACCAACAGCUCCCCGGUGCCCGUGACGUUCCAGCUCCGCAUGUCGGACGAUGGCACGCAGCCGGCUGUGGACAGCCUGGAUCAGAUCCGCAGAGAAGGUGACCCAUCCUGGAGGAACGGAAUCCAUUUCUAUCUGGAGCCCAAGGAGUUCACCAUCAAUCCCAGCCAAGGCACCAUCCUCCCCCAGGGACACCAGGACAUCGAGGUGACCCUGUGUUCCAACAGCGUGGUGGAUUUCUACCGGAGAAUGCUGGUGGACCUGGAGGGUUUUGGCAAGGGAGUGACAGCCCUGGUCAUCACAGCCAGGUGUCUCGUUCCUGAGCUGAGAGUGUACCCUGAAAUCCUGCUGUACGAUGAGUGCCACCUGAAUGUGCCAUACGAGAGGAAGUUCCUCAUUGCAAAUGACACCGACUUUCCUGGCUGCUACGGGCUUAUUCCCCAGGAACGCGAGGAGGACUCUCCUGUGCUCUACAGCAGCCCCAAGCCCUGUGGGAUUGUCCAGCCUCACAGCUUUGCUGAGGUCCCAGUUAUAAUCAAAGUCCAAACACUGGACAAGCAUCGCACCGACGUUCUCAUCGGCGUGUUCGGGGAUGAGAGAAACCCCCUGAGACCAGAAUUACGGAGCACUGGACAGCUGGCACAAAUCUACCCAAGUCCCAGGCUGAUAGAGUUUGGCAAGAUCCCAGCACUACAGCCUACUUCACGAAGUCUUACCCUCUUCAACAAAGGUCAUGUCCCUACAGACUUCAGGAUGGAGGUUGUUCGCAAACGCCACUGCUGUACCGUUGAACCCAGCGAAGGAGUGAUCCCUGCUGGGGGUGAGGUGCCUGUGACUGUCACAGCAACCCUGGAUGACAGGGGGCUUUUUUCUGUCCCUGUCCGGGUGUUCAUUGGGAGCAACCGUAGCACUGCCUUCGGGCUGGUGGCUUUGGGCACUGGCACCACAAUUGUCAUAGACAAGCCAUUCAGCCCAGAGCUCAACCUGGGAUACCAAUUCAGCCUGGUGCCCUGUAUUCGUCAGUUCAAAGUAACAAACAGGGGCCACCAUUUCCAUCGGCUCUUCUGGAGUGUGGAAUGCUACAGCCCAUCUGAGCAGGAGGGCCAGAGUGUCUCAGCCCUCAGCAGCCCCAAGGAUGAUUCCCAGAGCCCCAAACGUGCCGAGCCUUUGUUUGGGCUGGAGCCGCUGUCGAUGGACCUGCAGCCAGGCCGGUCUGAGGACAUGGUGCUGCGAGGCUUCUCCAGCAUCGCACAGGAGGUGCAGGAUUAUGUGAUGUGUGAAGCUGUCAGUAUGGCAACCAGCAGGACUGAGAAGAUAAUGGAGACAGUCAUUACCUGCAAGUUUAUUCACCCUUCUAUAGAAUUGUCAGCCAGACACUUGUCUUUCCAGGUGACCAAGAAACCCAGUGAUCUCCUGAGGCUGCAGUACCAGCCUUUGGCUAUAAAAAACACCUGCCUGCUGCCACUGGACCUUAUGCUGGGCUUGGAGCAGCCGUUCCUGGUCUGUGAUAAGGAGAAGCAGCCCCUCCCAGAUGGCCAGCCUGUGAGAGUGGGUGUAGGGGAGACCUGCCAUCUCUACAUCGCAUUCGACCCAGCUUAUAAACUGGAUUUUAAGAGCUGGAAAACAGAGAAGCUUCUGAAGAUAGACAUGGUCAGGGGCCAUCCUCUUGUGGAGCGUAUCAUCCUUCGGGGAGAAGUGCACUUCCCAAAUCUCCAAAUGCAGUCCAGAUCCCUGGAGUUUGGCUGCAUUGUGGCUGGCACUGAAGAAGUGCGUUCUCUGAAGAUAACCAACUGCAGCCCACUGCCCGUCCAGUACCACUGGUCAUUCCAUUCCAAGAGCCAGGUUUACAGGUUGAGUGGGCUGGGCAGCAGGGCCAGUGGCUGGACAUGGGGUGAGGGGGAGGGAGAAAUAGGAGAGUUUUCCUUGGAGAAGCUGGCUCAGAUCCUACAGGUGCCACGGUAUUACAGCCCACUAGAGUUGGUGGGAACCAUGCCCCCCAGGGAUGUACUGCACACUCCCGUGGCCACGGAGGAGGCCCCUCCAGGUACAGCUGCACUUUGCUCCAAGAUGCUCUUUGCAUCCAUUUCCAUGCGCAACACCUCAAUCUCUCCUGUCCUUCAGGUUUUCAGUAUCCUGCCACUGUCAGGUGUGCUGCAGCCAGGAGAGAGCCAGCAGGUCUCCUUCACCUUCUGUAGCCAUUUCAACACCAUCUCCUUCGUCACGGCGCUGUGCCACGUGGAGGGAGGCCCCACCUACGAGCUGAUGCUGACUGGGGAGGCCUCAUGCAUCAGCUACUCCGUGAGCCCCCGGGAGACCUACUGUGGCUCUCAGCUGUUUAAUGAAAUUCAUCACAGCAAUGUCACCCUGGAGAACACUGGCAAGAUGGAAUUCAACUGGGUGCUAAACCCUAGCCCUGCAGACCAGCGUCUGCCUGGUGUGUUUCUGGUCAACCCCACCACUGGCUCCAUUGCACCUGGUGAGAAGCAAGUGCUGGAAUUCUCUUACAUGCCAGGAUUACCAGGAGCCUUCAGCAGGACUUACCAUCUUAAAGUGGGUGACCUGGAACCAGAAAAGAUCUGCCUGAAAGGAGAAGCAUCCUUUCCCAUGAUCACUUUGAACCUGCCCUGGAACAUCAAAGGAGAUGAAACACAUGAGAAGCCUCUGACACAGCCCGUAAAACCGCUGCAACAACACAGUCAGAGGAGUAAAUCAGGUGCUCGGAAGAAGACUCAGAGCCUGAAGACUGAGACCUUGAAGUCUCAGACCGCAGAAGCUCAGACUCCAAAGAGUCUGAUUCCGAAGACUAAGGACCUGCAGCCCAGCGUGCUUGCCUCUGGCACUGCAACAAACACUCAGUUGCAGUUAAACAUGGUGAGGAACCUGGUAGUGAAGGCUGCUGUGGAGCUGCAGGAACAGUUCAUGUCCCAGCCCCCGACGAGCAGCUUCCCUGACAAGGAGCUGUGCCAGAGCCUUGUCAAAGCUGGGAACAGCCUGGACUCCAGAUGGGCUCUGGUCCUGGUGGCUGUGACACGCUGCAUAGUUGAGCUGCCCGAGUAUGUCCUGGACAUGGGCACCGUCCGUAAGGGUUUCACUGAGAGAAGCACUCUGGAGAUCACCAACCAUGGGCAGAUCCCAGUGUCCUUCCAGAUCCAUGUAUCUGUCCUGGAGAACACAGGUUUCAGCGUGGACCUGGACACGGUGGAGGGCCUGCCCCACAGCUACAUCAAGACAUUUGACGUGCGCUUUGAAAGUGCCCGGCGGCCACGGGGUGACGUGGAUGUGGUGCUGCCCAUAGAGGUGACAAAAGGCCCCACAUAUAACAUCCGUCUUCAUGCCACUGUGUCUGAGCUGUCAAUCGAACUGUCCAAGAACACUGUGCACUACUCUGCCGUCGUUGUUGGGCAGUACAAGGUUGAGACAGUCCACCUCUACAACUGGUUCCGAGUACCCUGCAAAUGGUCCAUCAAGCCUGUUCAGAAGACCAAUCACUGCAAAUACAUGACACCAGCCGUUCGUCAGAAGCAGCAGGCGCUGGAGUAUGAGCCCUGUCCCUUUGAAGUGAAGCCCUCCAAAGGAACCCUUGAUCCAGGAAGGUGCCAGAAUCUGAAAAUCAAAUUUACACCCAAGGAGGAGAGGUCUUACAGUAAUGAGCUGGAGCUUAACAUUUUUGGGAGCAGCAAUCACUUCAAGCUGUACCUCUCAGGACAAGGUCUGGAGCCACGGUUGGAGUUCAGCCCCCCAGAACUAGAGAUGGGAUGGAUGCUGGUGGACAGUGAUGGGAUGGAGGCCACAGUGGUGGUGAAGAACCCAUGCAACUUCCCCAUUGAGUUUUACGCCCUGGAUUUUGAUGAGCAGUACCUUGAGAAGAAGAUCCUGCGGAUGGCAGAGGAGUCUGAGGAUCAUGAAGCACAGAAGUGGCUGAAGGCAGAGCUCAAGGCCAGGGCUGAGGCUGAGGCCAAGGCCAUGGGCAAGGCAGCGGCAGCACGUCACAGAGCUAUCACAUUCCAUCCCGAGUCCGUGGCGAAGGUGGCUGGGAUUCCUUUCUCUCGGGCCGUCCUGCGCCCCCCGGGCACUGCCCCGUCCUCGUGGCGGCGCAAGGCGCAGCCCCACCGAGGGAUUGUUGUCAUCGUCCAUGGGCCGCCCCGGGCAGGAAAGACAGAGAUAGCAGCAGGCCUGUGUCAGUAUUAUGGUGCUGCCCACGUGUCCAUUGACACCGUGGUGAAAGAGGCCAUGGCCAACAACCAGAGCCCAGCGGGGCUCCGUGCCCGGCUGCUCUGCACCCAGGCUGCCCUGGAGCAAAAAGGUAAAAAGCUCACUGCUCAGAGCAAGAAUAAAGAAGCCGCUGAGGAAAACAUCUACAAGAAGUAUGCCAAAGGCAAGAACCUUCCAGCACAAAAGAAGGAGCCAGCCAAGGUAAAGGGCACCAAGUUCACAGUUUCCACUGCUCCUGCGCCCCAGCAGCUGAGCAUCGUCAGCAGUCGUGGGGAAGAGCUGAACUGCUUGAGCUGUGUGCUGCCCGAGGAGCUGCUGGUGGACAUCCUCAGUGAGAGGCUGCAGCAGAAAGACUGCUACAAGGGAGUGGUCUUUGAUGGCUUGGAGAGCCUCUUUGCAAGCAGCCUGGAAUCUUCUCUGCUCUGUGUACUCAGAGCGGUCAAGAACUGUCAUCAUAUCUAUGUGGUGAACCUGCAGCAGGAUUAUGCUUCUUGGAAAGCCAAGAACAAAGCUGAAAGAAAGAAGAAGGAAGCUCAAAGAGAGAAGGAAGUGGAUGAGGAUGAGCAUGAUGCCCUCCCUGAGGAGAAGAAAGCAAAAGUGGAUAAAAUAUUACAGGAAAGGAAGAGAACACAGACGGAGGGGGAGCUGAAGCAGCCAGCUCAAAAGCUUGAGGAGGAGGCAAAAGCCUUAGAGCAGGAAGAGAGGCAGAAGGAGGAAGAGAAGCUGAAGAAGGAAAAGAAAGUCUCCUUCGGGAAGCAGCCUGCAAAAGCAGAGAAGGAAAUCAAAGCUCCAGAGAAGAAGGAAACCAAAGCCCCAGAGAAGGGGGCACCCAAAGCCCCACAGAAGAGGGGAACCAAAGCCCCACAGAAGAGGGGAACUAAAGCCUCUGGGAAGGGGAGAACCAAAGUCCCCAAGGACCCAGCUGAGAUCUUGAUCCUGAGGUUUCAGAUCUAUGAGUCAUCACAGCAGGACAUGGCACAGGUUUUCUCCUACUGGGACAGGGUUCAGGGUACCGUGCAGUUACCCGUGAUCCAAAAGGGAAACAAGUCCCAGCCUGCAGCUGGAAACAAAGGCUGGAAGGCCAGUAAGCCUCAGGAGAAGGUGAAGAAGCAGCCUAAACCAAAACAUGAAGGCCAAAGGAGUCUUCAGUCAUCUCAGCUGAGGACACAAAGCAAAGUUGCAGAAGGGGCAGUCAGAGACAAGCAUGUCGGGGUGCCGUGCUUGGACAUCCAGGUCGCAGAUCCGAAGGCCAUGAUUGGGGAGAUCCUGAGGGAUGGGAAGCUGCCAACAGAAGACCAGCUGCUGAAACAUCUGGGACUGCAUCCUGACGGCCCUCCCCUUGCCCCUGGUGCUGCGCUCUCCAUAGCCGAGUACCCAGAGGCCAAGGCCCCAGAUGCAAAGGGAAGUUCUGCUGAGAGGCAGCCAAAGAGGGGUAAAGUGGUCAGCAGUCUCAGGUCUGCAAAGGAGAACCAGAUCUCCACACAGAGAACAGAAAGCUCCCAGGAUUCCUCUGUAACAAGAUCCCAAAGUCCUUCGGAAGUGCUGGAAAGAGCCUCAACCCCAGCAGCAUUCCUCAGGCUGAAACGGUACCGGUGGAAAGUGCCUGCCCAAGGUCAGGUGGAACUGAAGGUCAACUUCUUCACCAAAAAGCCAGGGAAGUUUGAGCAGACAAUGAAGUUUGAGAUCGUGCUGUCCAAGCGCCAGUACGAGCUGCCCUGCAGUGUCACCGGCCUGUACCCCAGCAUCAUCCAGAACCCACGGCUGGUGUUUCCACACUGGAGGGAGACCAUGGAGGAGGAUGAAGUCAUCUUCAAAGAAUAUGUUGAGAGCACAAAGCAAUUCCACUUUGGACCGCUGCUGUGUGGGAAGUCAAGAGAGUGGUAUGAGGUCCAGAACUGUCCCGGCAACUCAGAGAAGCUAACCAUCCUCAACAACUCCCCCAUGGUCAUAGAGGUCCACUUCUCUUUUGAGAAAGAUUGGAAAACAAGGACCUUUGUUGCGGACCCUCGCCGCAUGACCCUGAAACCAAAGGAGGGGAAGGAGCUGACCAUUUGGGCAUACCCCACCUCCCCUGGCCUCCUGGAAGACAAGCUCAUCUGCAGCAUUAGGAAGAACCCGGAGCCAGUGGUCUUCAGCCUGUGCUGCCAUGGGGUGGACAUGAAGCUGGAGGUCAGCCCCCUGCAGCUGUCUUUUGACAAGCUGCUUCUGCACAGGGCUGACAGCAGGACCUUGGUCCUGAAAAACAACACCCUGCUGCCCAUGGCCUGGCAGCUCCGUGGGCUGGGUGGCCUUUUUGAGGACUUCUCCCUGUCACAAGAUAAUGGCAUCCUUGAUCCCCACUCAGAGUUUCAAGUGACAGUGCAUUUCAAGGCUGAGCACAUUGGCAGCAUUGAGAAGAUCCUGCAACUAGAGGUUUCAGAUACAGAAAACAUCCUGGGGAAUUUUCAGGCUGAAAACAUCAAAAUCUCUGCAGAGGUCUAUGAAGUUUCUCUGAGCAUUGACAUGCCUGAAGGUGCAGAUGGAAGCUUGGAAUUUGGAACCAUUAAUGUCCUGGAUAAAGUGAAGAAAGUCCUGAGUCUACAGAACAAAGGGGUAUACAACAUUGAGUACAGUUUCACGCUGAAGGGUGCAGGUCCCAAGAUGCAAGACUUGGCAUCCCACUUCACUGUUGAGCCUCAGUCAGGCGUGCUGAUUGCAUCCCGGCCUGGUGAGAAGGUUGAGAUGCUCUUCCACCCCACCAGUGAAAUGGUCCUCAAGAACAAUCCCAUCCUGUACUGCCAGGUGGCAGAUGCCAGCCCAGGUCGAGGACGCCCGGCUGUUGCCAACAUCCCAGUGAGGGUGUCGGCCGAAGCGGAGUACAGCAAGUACAGCAUUGUGCCCGCCUCGCCCACCGACUUCGGAGCCAUGAUCGUGGGCACCAGGAAGACCCGGAGCGUUGUGCUGAAGAACAUAGGCAUGGCCAAUUUCACAUUCUGCAUCCGCCAAACACCCAAGCUUGCGUGUGCGUUGGAAAGCAAAAGUUCAAAGCAAAGGAAAUCUGCUCCAUCAGCUACAAAGCGCUCGACAGGAAAGGAAUCAAGCUUGUCAACACCGGUGGGUGACUCCUGCUGCCCAGCAGUGCUGCUGCAGGGGAUGCUGGGUGCUUGGGCCCAGCUGGAGGCCAGGGCAGGACAUACUCUUUGCUGGGGGGCUCAAGGCACAGCUGUUAGCCAUCAGCCUCCUCUGGAACUUUUUCUGCAGAGUCACCUCAAUCUGGGCGCGUUCACGGUGUCCCCCUGCUGUGGCUGCAUCCGCCCGUGUGGCCUGCAGGUGAUCAAAGUGGAGUGCCUCGCAGGGCAGGAGGGGACAUGUGAGCAGCAGCUCUACAUCGACAUCAUGGGCAGAGACCCCAAGGACAACCCCCUGGGCAUUCCCUUCACCCUGAUUGUCGAGUCCUGCCUCCCAGCACUCGUUCAGGAUGUCACGUCAGUCUUCAAGGACUACCCGAUCUGCAGCAGCGCCGACCUUGAGUACAAGCUGCAGUCGCUGGAAGGCAUGGGCCUGUUCGUCAGAGAUGAGAACAGAUUCAUUUUCAACAAGGUUCUGGUUGGGCAGGAGGCAGAAGCUCAUUUCAGAAUUUGCAAUGCAGGCCGUCUGCCAUGUGACGUGGCCCUCUCCAUCCUGCCUGGAGAGGAACAAAUCCCUAUCAACAAUAUUUUCAAUCUGGAUCCUGUCAAGAUGUCCAUUCGUGGCUCAUCCUCUGCCAUUGCUACGGUGACCUUCACCCCGCCAGACAAGCAGAGCUACGACUGCACCUUCAAGGCUUCCCUUGUCAUCCCCAAAGGCUCUGUGGAAGUUCAACCCCAAAUCCUGACCUUCACCAUCAGCGGGAAGGGGCAGGAGCUGCCGGUGACAGUCGUGCGCCCCAAUGCUCGCAGCAAGAGGGGAACGGCCGUGCUGCGCUUCAAGAGGCUCCAGCUGGAGCAUUCAGAGAUGCUCCCCCUGGUCCUCCGUAACAGUGGCACCAAACCUGUCAAGUUUAUGUUACAGCUGGAGGAUGAGCACGGAGCGUUCUCCUUGAAAGGCAGGGCCUUCACAUUCAAGACAGUCCUCACUGGAGAAAUGGAAGAGGACUCCGUCAGAAACGAGACCAAGCCCCCAAAGCAGACUUUCAUCCUUCUGCGUCAUGGGCAAUCGGCACAGUUUAAGGUCAUUUUCAAACCCACCCUGGCUCAACGUGUGGAAGGGAAGAUUGCUCUGGUAGUGGGGGACAUCUGCAUGACCCUGGUUGAGCUGGUGGGUGAAGGCCACAACGACGAAUUCACCCUCGAUGGAUUAAAGGAAGACACCCAGGAGAGGAAUGCCAAGAGCAGUCUGAGGAAAGACAUCAUCGAUGCUGUCAGAGUGAACCACAUCGAGUUUGGGCACUGUCCUGUCGGGAAGCGCUGCCGCAGGACCUUCACCAUCACCAACCGCACCCUUACGCAGGCCAUGCGCUUUGAGUGGGAUGCAGACGCCCCGUUCCAGUUCUCCCCCAAGGUGGGACACCUCCAUCCUGGCUGUGCCAAGAACAUCGCAGUGAUCUUGAGAUCAGAUGUCCCAGUCACCUUCAGAAGGCACCUUGUGAAAUGUAAGGUGACCAAGAUCAACUUUGAGCUGCCACGAAGGAAGGUUCUAGACUGGGACGACCAAAUGCGCACUGUGACGGUGAAGGAUACCACGUGGAAAGACCCAGCAGGCAGGUGGCCUAAAAAAGAGAAGGUGGUUGAGCCAGUCCUGGAACCAGCUCACACUGUGGUGGAGGAGAGCAGCCAGGAGGCUGAGGUGUACCUCAGUGCUGUUGUUGCCCACGCCCAGUUCAAACUGAGCACAACCGUGGUUGAGUUCAAGGACACCUUGCCCUUCCAGACAAGGACAGCCUUUUUCAGGCUAUGCAACACAGGGAAGAUAGCCCUGGAAUACUCCUGGGAGGAAGCUGGAGAUAGUGAAGCAGCGAUGAGGACUGCUCUGGCACGUAAUUUCCUCUCCUCUGAAACUUUAAGGCGUUGCAGAAACCUUCUGCAUCAUUUUGGGUGGCAGCAGGACCAGGAAACUCAGGCUUUUGAGCUGCGGCUGCUGCAGCGGCUGGCCAAGCACCUGCAGGAUUCCAAGAGGCAGCAGUUCGAGGAGCUGGACCAUCCCAAGAAGCUGCGCAACUCAAAGCGCGUUGGUUCCGCCCUGGAAAUCUUCCCAGACGCCAUCUAUGACCUGCCACUGUUCUCCAUCAAGCCCUACCACGGCAUCAUCACUCCUGGCCAGAAGCAGGCCUUUCAAGUGCAGUUCUCCCCAAAGUGCGCGGGGAUGUUCCAGACCACCCUGCUGUGCAGAAUUUCUAACCUGAAUCCAGCUGAGAAGAUGAGGCAGGUGACUGUGAAAGGCAGAGCCUUGGAGCAGAAGAUUCUUGGUAGGGCAGACGGAGAAAGGCCAGGGAGCCAAGGAUCAGGUGCCCUGGAAAGCAGCACCUGAGGGACAGCAUUUGUGCCAGCUGGAGCUCCUGCAGGAGGCAGCAACAUCGUGCCUUCUGCUGCUGCUGGUCUCCCAGCCUUCACCAGAGACCUCUGCAGCUACCCUUCCGAGCUCCAGUGAAGACCUCUAGCCAACCUUUAAUCACCUACAUAACUGUUUAUUAGAUUGAUAAUAAUUCAUUUUCAACAAUUAAUUCUUAAUAAACAAUUGCUAAUACAUGGUUAACCGUCAGCUUGUCUUGGUUGGAAAGACAGGUGUCUGCGGGACCUCUCUGGAAUGGAAAAUGUGACCUCCUCCUCUCCAAAUUAUUAUCACUUUGAAAUUAAGGGGCUUUCAGGCAAAGAUAUGGGAGAAGUUCUUUGCCAGUAUGUACAACAAGGCAAACAAACAACAACGCUGGCAGCAACAACAAACAGAAGCAGAUACCCAAGCACAGCCUUCCUUCGGCUGCAGGCACUUUCCCUUUGGUGUAGUUCCAGUCACAGCUGGCAGGAAAGGGAGGCAAAGAAUGAAUAAAGCAAUUGCUACAGUAAUUGAAAUUAAGCUACACCAAGGAAUGCACUGGAGAGCUCAAGCACUGUAUGAUCAAUUCUGAAGAACUUAUUGCUGUGAGGGAGUCUCUGCAGUAGCCAAAUAGUGACUGGACAAUGUUGAAGUUGUUCAAAGAUAAAGAAGUGAUGAGAAAACACCCUAGUGAGGGAAGAGCACUAGCCCUUAGACCCUUUCAAAAUAUGCAAAUAUAUUAGACUGAGUUCCCCAAAAUACAGAGAUGGAAAUAUCUUCUUGGAACAGUUGAUCACCUCACCCACUGGGAGCCUUUGCUAUCUCUACUGCAACUACCUCCAAAGUGGCUAAGAUGCUAUUAGAACAAAUCAUUCCCAGAUAUGCAAGAACUGAAAGAAUGGACUCAGGUAAAGGAAGACACUUGACUUCAAAAAUUUUAUGUUCUAUGUGUUGUAUUAGACAUAAAUUGGAAAUUCCAUACCCCGUGGCACCCUCAAAGCUCUGGAUGUGUGGAGAGAAUGAAUGCUAUCCUUAAGAACCAUAUUACCAAAUUAAUGACUGAAACCAGAUCAGCAUUAUUACAGAUCAGAACUGCUCCAAGAAAGGACAUAGGAAUUUCUCCCAAUGAAAUAUUACUUGGGCUACCUAAUCUGGGAAGGUAGAGCUGAAACUAAUGACUUCCAUCUCAGAAAUUAUUGCAGGCAAUUACAGCUGGUGCUUUGAAGAGUUGUUUUUUCAUAAGAGGUUUACCAAAGGGUGUCUUCUUCAUUAGCAGAUGGUGUGACAAGCAAGGUGUUGAUUAAAAGACCAAUCAGGUGCACCUCUAUCAGAAUGGUGUAUAAAAGAAUGCAUUUCUAAUAAACUCAGAUAUUAGCUAUGCACUAAGAACCAGAGGAAGUAGCCUCACAUGGAGAGGAAAUUCAGGUUAGAUUUUAGAAAAAAAAAUUUCACUGUUCAGGAGUCCAGGCCUGGGAACAGGUUGGCCAGAGAGGGGGUGGAGUUGCCAUCCCUGGAGCUGUUAAAGAGGCCUCUGGAUCUGACCCUGGGAAAUGGUUUAGUGGUUUAGCGUUUGCAGUGUCAGUGCUGGCCUGACGUUGAACUGAUGGUCUUAAAGAUCUCUUUCACCCCUGCCGCUUCUACAACUGCAAGCGCUUCCCGCCCGGCUGAGGGGAAGGCUCAGGGCUGUCCCGAGGCCAGGGGCGGCCGCGCCUGAGGGGCUCGGGCGGCGCUGCGGCUGCGGCGGCUCCUGAGGGGCCGGGCCGGGCUCUGCCCUCAGCUCCGCCAGAUCGCAGCCCUCAGGCCGGCGGGGCCUCCGCUGUCCUUCAGCCCGACGAUCGCAGCCCAUCCCAUCCCUCAGUCCGGCGAUCCCAGCCCUCAGCCCGCAGAUCCCAUCCUCAGCCGGGCCGCGCUCGGCAGCGGGCACCCGCCUCGCCUCGGGGCUUGCCCGGAGCCACCCGCGCCACUGGACCACAGGUACUCGAGCCGUGCCCCAUUUUCCCCCUCGAGACUCCCUAACCUUCCCACACAAGAAUGCAGCUGCUGUUUCAUCAGUAGACUGUUGCCUUUCAUCCCCCCCCCCUCUUUCUUAUGCUCUUUCCCUUUUAUAUUCGGGCUGAUCUGGAGUGCUUGCUAAGGCUUCAGAGCGGAGCUGUGAUAAUGAGCUGUAAAUCACGCAGGGCUCAUCUGAGGGAGGAGGGAGCUGAAAUGGGCCAGGACAGCCCCAAGUCCUGUUCCACAUCGCAGCGUCCUCACGGCCCCAGCUGCUGCUCUGGGCUUUGGUUUCCACAGGAGGCCAACAAGGCGCACUUGUCCCCUCUGGGUUUGGUCCCUGGUUUCAAAGGAGAAGUCAUGCCCAGGUUGGCUGCUCUGCUGGCCAUGCCAGCCAUGUGCUCUAGUGCUGCUGAGCACACGCACUGACAGAUCUGCGCUUCUCCAGGAGUGGUUUCUGAGGUUUGAAGCAAUGUUACUGGGUUGUUUGCCAUAACUGAUGGAGAAGUUUCAUAUGCAACACUUGCCAGCUGUUUGUUGAGAUAAAUCUAGUUGCUUGUCUUUCCACCUUGCUCUGUGAUGCAACAACUGAGGUGAGCUGUUUGCAUCUAAUUAAUGCAGGCUGGCUUAUAAACACUAUUUUGUGUACCUUCUGUAGGUUGCAAAAGAUCCAGGAAAAAGUCAAGAUGUGUCCUUGUAUACAUACAGUUUUAAACCCCUUGUGCUUCCUACAUUGUAUAAUUGUAUAAACAUGUAUUAAAUUAAACUCUUCUGAAAAGCAGUUAGCUCCAGAGUGAACUCAUUUUUGCAGCCUUCCUUUUGUUUGCGUGGGUUUUUUCUUAGGCUGGCAGGGUGGUGGCA